UUUCAAAUUCCUGUCUCUGUCACUUUUAUUUUUCCUUCGUGAAAAAAAAAGCAAAACAACGUGCUUCUUUUCUUAUCAAAAAAUUAAAAUUUUAAUUUCUUUUUUAAAUAAUGGCUCAAGGUAAAUUUAAAAAGGCAAAAUUGGCAGCCGCUAUUCAAAAGAAACAAAAACAAAAGAAUUCAGUAGCAUUUACAAGGCGUGCAAAUGCCCCAAUCCAAGCAAAGAAAAAUAAAUUCAAUGAAAAUCAAAAAAUUAAACAAGUCAUUACAAAGAAUGUUAAUAAAUCAGUUGAACAUGAAUUAAGAGGACGAGCUACCGAGGGAAAUAUCAAUUUGAGCAAAGCCCAAGAAGCUGUAGCAAAGCAUCAUAAAUCUCAGGCAACAACAAGUAGUGCAACACCAAGUUUGGCGUAGUUUAUUUUUUGGGAAUUUUCUUUUAUUUAAUACUGGUUUGAUUUUUAUAAAAUUUGUGUAGAUACAUAGAAUUAUGUAUAUUUUAUAGAAAAAUAUAUCGUAACGAAUUCAUUAAUAAA